UGAGAUAAAUCCUUCAUGAGAAUGGAGUUCAACUUUUUAUCAGCUCAAGCUUUCUUUGAAAAAUUCGACUGGAAAGAAGCGCAGGAGCUGCUCAGUCAGACCUCAUGCAGCUGGUUUUUAAGCGGAGAAGAUGUCCUUCAGCCUGUUGAACCUCCACCUGGGAUGAUUAGACAGAUCCAGGCUGUGUUUCACCCCAACGCCAUCAUCCUGGCCCCCUGUGAUGACUCUGGGGUGUACAUGGACUACAGGGUGGUCCAUCAGAUAGUACGAGAGCUCACGGUGGGAAUAUACUGCUUCAACCAGGUACCGUCCAUCAGCCUGGAGCCCAACCUUGAUCAGAGCUCUGCGUGCCACCUGACCCCAGCCUACACCGACACCAAAGUGGGGCAGAUCCUCGUUAAUAUCGAUUACACCAUGAAGGCCCUGUGGCAUGGAGCGUACAUCUCCAAAGAAAAACGCCCCUGCUUCCUGGAACUGUGGAGGUCCAGCAUGGACACAGAUCCCAGUGGAGUUCCGCAGGCUAAGAAACACAGCCUCGCUGAGCUUCUUACAGCAGGUUUAAUCGACAUCUCCGAUGACCCAUGUUACCGAGGCAUAUACGACGAAGACGAACACAACCGCGACCCAACCUACGAGCCCGACAGCACAGAGGAACAGAAGCUCUUUUCUCAGUACUCAGAGAACAUCCAGUUAAAGAUCACCUCAUACCUCACUUCGGUCCGUCAGCAUGAGAACCUGUUCACCUUUGAAGGCACACACAGCCUGUCCAACGUGGUGAGGAUGACGGAGGACGUCUUGGAGCUGGGCACAUACCAACGGCUGCAGCAGAGGCUCUCUCAGCACACCAAGCUGGUAAAGAAACACCUGGGGUGCAAAGUGGAGCUGGCCCGGGACCUGGCCUACUUGAAGCUCAUCAGCUUCCUUGUGCCCUUCCUCAUCGGCUUGAGGAAGAAGAUGAGGAUUCCAGACCUGUCUCAGAUGCUCCCGCCUAUCUCAAAUGACUUGCUGAAAACUGAGCGAGAGUUGCCACCUCUUCUUCUUGGACCUAAGUUUUCCUGCAAGCACUUUCCCUACAAACCGGACGAGUAUUUCCAUCUUCACGGAGGGAUUGAGUUUGAUGUUGGGACUCCUGAGCUGGAGCACAUCACCAAGGAGAUGGAGGCUGCUUUAAUAACGCUACAGAAUCUAGCAGCGGACCAUUUACACUAUUUUCUCCGGCAAGACCCCACCUACAAGGAGCACUUCCCAAUCCCCCUCAGUGAAAUAAAUAAAAACAGCUACAGUGUGAUCUCUAUUCCCCUGGCAUCCUUCUAUCCCCAACCCAACACCAUGCAGUGGUGGGAAGCCAUGAACAAGGCCAUCAAAACCAUGAGGAAACAGAAACUGCCGCUAACUGACUUUCAGCUUCAUGAGCAGUUUAAGGCUACUUUUGGUUAUGCCAAGGCCAUACAGUGCAAGAGCGUACCGUACGGACUGCGUGCAGCCGCGCAGCGUGGCCUCUCUGCUGCAUUUCACACACUAAGCUGUAGAAACACUCUGAGCCACCUGGGGGCGCUUGAUGAGCGAGGCUACACUAUACUCCACCACGCUGCUAUGUGUAACCAACCGCACAUCAUUUACCAGCUGGCAGCUGCUGGCAUCAACCUUAACCAACCAUGCAUUGGGGGGUUUGUCUGCUCCGGACUCACGCCACUGCACCUGGCUGCUCAGUGCGGAUCUCUCGAGGCCCUCAAUUGCCUUAUUGCUCUGCAAGCCGACUACACACUCACGGACAGGAGAGGCUGGCUGGCUGUGCACUUCUCUGCCUUUUACGGCCAGGUCUCAUGUGUCCGCGCCCUGUGCAGGAAAGAUCCCAGCUUGCUGGAUAUGAACACAUCUGCAGAGUACUGCAGCACUCCCUUUUUACUCUCAGCCAUGUCAGGAUCUUUAGAGGCUCUGGACCACCUGCUGUCGAAGGGGGCAAACUGGAGAGCGACAGACAGCAAGGGCAAUAAUGUGGUUCAGCUGGCAGCUCUUUACUUCCACAUCGACAUUCUCAGGCGUCUUAUUGAGCUGAAUCUGGACGUCCUUCCUGUGUGGAAGAUUCUCAUUGAAAUGUUACGGAGUGAGGAGAACAGGAGGUUGGAAAUGUCCCUCAGAUGCAUGGAAGCUCUCUGUGUGAACGCUGACCCCUUCUGGAAGGACAUCAUGGAUGAAGGUGGGAUCUCAGUCCUAGUGGACAUUUUACUCAACGGGAGACCGCUGUUCCAGCGCGUAGCCGCGGCCGUGCUGUGCCACAUGACCAAGAACGUUCCGGUGUGUGAGGAGCUGGUGCACUUCGGUGCAGUCCAAGUGCUCAUCAAACACCUUAGCAGCCAUCAUCCAGAGCUUCACUCGCGCUGCACCGUUAUACUGACAGACCUGGCUCGUCACAGCGGGAUGUACCAGUCUCAAAUCGCUGAGCUGGGUGGGGUUGCCCCAGUGGUACAGCUGCUGACCUCUGACCUCCAGGAUGUGCUGGUGAACGCAGUAAGGUGUAUCCGGGCGCUGUGUGUGGCUUGUCCCCAAAAUCAGACCACGGUGGCACAAUGUGGAGCCAUCCCACAACUGGUCGAUUUACUCACCGUGAACUCUGAACUACUGCAAGGAGAAGCGUGUCUGGCUCUGGCCGAAGUGGUGCGCGGCCACAGGGAGAAUCAGGAUCUGAUUAGUGGUACAUGUGCCGUGAGCUCUGUGGUGCAGGUCCUGAGCUCGAGAAAGGUCUCAUGCCAGGUGAAAGCCGCCAGAGCCCUCGAAGCCAUAGCGCACCAAAACUGUGCCAUACAGGAACAAUUCCUGAACAAAUCCGCAACCAGACAUCUUUUAUUCCUUCUUAAGGUUUUCGAUCAGGAGGUGAGGGAACAGGGUGCGACGGCUCUCUGGGCCUUGGCAGGACACACGCCGAAGCAGCAGAAGUACAUAGCCGAGCUCAUCAGCUACCGUUUCGUCCUGGAUCUGCUCCUGUCCACGUCGGAUAAAAUGCAAUACGUGGGAUGCCGGGCGGCGAUAGCCCUCAGCCGGGAUUGCCGCAGCCAUCAGAACGGACUGUGUGGGGAGAACUGCGUGCCACCGCUAGUGCGACUUCUACGUGGGUCGCGUACUACGGAGAGAACCCUGCUCACUGCCCUCACUGCACUGGGGCGACUGUGCAUCGGAGUGGCACACACUAAUAACAGAAACAGCCAGAACGUGAUUUAUGAGGAAAAAGCCAUUCAGACGUUUUUAGAGCUUCUCCAAAGUCACAAAUCUCUCCAGGUUAAGAUCCAGACCUCUCAGACUCUGGCUUGCGUCCUACUAGGAAACCAGGACCUUCAAAAGAUCUUCUGGGAUCGAGAAGACUUCUCCUAUGACAUCAUUCUGGAGCUGCUACAAGCUCAAGACAGAAGCAUCUAUCUGGAGGCAGGCCACGCCCUGGCGUUGUUUGCGUACAAUAAUCCGAAGCAGCAAGCAGCUAUUAGGAAAAUGGGCGGAGUUCCUGUGCAAGCGUUCGAGACAUUUUUAGGUUCAGACGAUGAAACGGAAAGGGCCAAGGCCGCGUUUCAGAUAAUUGUGCUGGCUAAAGUGAUUACUGGCUCUGACCAGGUGACAGUCACUGCCAGAGGAGUCACAAUUCUGGUACAAUUACUGCAAUCUGAUCAAAACACUACUGUAGUCAUUACAGCUCAGUUCCUGGCCAGCGUGGCCCACACCAGAGCAGGUAUCCCAGACGGCAUCGUGACUAUGGGGGCGAUAGAGCACCUCUCCGGCCACCUGUACUCCGAGAACGAGGAGGUACGCACGGCGUGCGCAAGCGCCCUCGGAUACCUGAGCUUCAACCGGUUCGCACAUCGCCUCCUACUGGUGGAAUGCAGAAAAAAUCCACAGACGUACAGAGUGCUGAAGGACCAUUUAGUCGAGGAUGCCAAAAUAUGCCGAAGGUUCACGGCUGAGUUCAAAAGACAGAGAAAAUUGGGACUUCCGUCACUCAGUUUUGAGGCAAAAGUGAGCUCAGCUGUCUGUUUGCGGUCUAAUAGAGGUGAAGCUCAGAGGAAGAGCACGUCACACGGCUCAGACAGAGCCCGCUCGGCCCUGGAGCUUCAUCCCAGCACGAGCAGGACGUCUGAUUCCGGAGCCCGACGCGCGGUCCACUCCUCCUGCGCGUCUUAUCCGUGUGUGUAA